AUGGAGCAGGAGUGUGUCACCGGUCUGUACCAAUCCCUGGGACUGUCUGUCGGAGCUCAGUUUUCCUCUAAGGAUGUGAGCCUGCUCUACCGCAAAGUGUUUCAUAUCCCCUCCAACAAUGAUGAGGCACAUGUGGCCAUGCAGAAGAUUGCAGGAGGUGAUAACAGUUGGUCCUGUGUUGGUGAAAAUGUGUUGGAUGUUCUCCUGGAAAUGGAAAGGGAGAGGGAAAAGAAGGAGAAGCUCUACUGGGACCUCCAGCUGCUAAAUGCUGGAAAUCUCAACACUUUCAAUGGGACGGAUGAACCACUUAUCAUCGAUCCUCAUGUGCUGGAUUGCCUCCACCACAGCACAGACCCAAAUACUUACAAAAAAGUGGUGGGGAAAAAAGAGCUGUUUGGGAGUGUGAGAGGAGUGAAGAGGAUCAAGAAGGCAGCUAGGCAGUGCUGGGCCAGACUGGCAUCAGAGGGUGUGCAGAGUAUAUUGCCCUCUCCCUGGCAGAGCCAAAGCCUAGCAGUUAGAGGUCAGGCCUGGGGCUGUGUCUCCCUGUCAGACGUCCUCCUCCUGGUGGAAGUCAAGUACGAUGUUGUGACCCACUUGCUUUACACAGAAAUGCUACAGGAGCACUACACUCUGAGUAUCUGGGAGACCCUGCUGCCAUGGCAACAAUGUAAGGAAGAGGAGGGGCUGGGGGAUCUUGCAGAAGAGGCUCUGGAGUCAGGUGACAUGCUUGGUUUGGCUGAGCUGCCAGGAGCAUUCAGGAUAUACAGGCCCUGCCUGAAAAACUGUCCUGAGUCUUGGUCUGCCGUUUCACUUCUGAAUGAUUCACACACGUUUCGUCAACAAGAAAGGGACGCACUAACAGUCCUGGGCAAGAGGCUGGACAGAGAGAGCCUGAGACUGUUGUGUCUGUACAUCAGUUUGGCAACUCUCAGAGCUCAGAGAGAAAACAUGUCCUACGGCGCUCUUCUGGCAGCUCGGCAGUCCUGGGAGACAUGGCCACAUGUGACGAGUCCCUGCAGAGCAGAGCACGCAGCUCUGUGGCUACAUGAUGACAAGGAGGAGCAAAAGAAGGACUUCUCUUCUGUCUCAGUAUCACCACAGCAGCAGGCAGUGCUGCAGUUGCUGGUGCUGACUCAGGAGCAGGAGAGGAAGCACCUGGUCAAGUUGGCAAAUGGGGUCUCCGUAGAGGAUUUGCAAGAGCCAGGUUGCACGGUGCCUGCAAAAGAGGAUAAUCAUCAACAAGCUGCUUUCAGAAGUGGCUGUAUCAAAAAGCUGAGGCAAAUCCAUGCCAGUCUGCAGACACCCAAUGAGACUCAAACCCCCUUAAAGCAAACAAGCUUUCAGGCACAGCCCCAAGUUCAGGCCCACAUAAGCAGUAAUCCAGCAAUGUGGUACCAACACCAGCUGCAGGAUUCUUCCCUGCUCCUCUUGACCCAGCUGAUGGAGCUCCAGGAGGUCCAAGCUUCUGCAUUACUGCCAGCACUGAUUGACAAGAGUGCACAGUGGCUCCACGCUCUAAGAGAUGAGUAUGCAUCUGAACUUCAAGCACCACGCUACACCAACCUACUCCACCUGAUCUCAGACACCCCUCUUACUUCACUCACUCCUUAUCCAGAGUUAACCGAAAAUAGCAGCAGUGAGCAAAUCACAGCUCAGUCCUGCCGCAGUGGACUGGACGAUGCUCAAAAUGGCACCGGUGGGCCGGCUGAAGCUCCAACAGUGGAUUCAAUCAGAGGGGCCGGUAGAGAACUAAAUGUGGUGCAACCUGCAGAGCGGACCGAUGUCUGUGCAGGUUGUGGAGUGGUCAUGGAAGACCUGCCCUACUUGGAGAUCUUGUGUGUAUCAGAUGCAACAAGUAAUACCCAUCAGAGUCUCGCUGCAGACGGAGAAGCCCAGGAGGAAGAGGUGGGCAGUACAACAAAGAGCCCCCAGAGUUAUGAAAAACAGGGCUCACUGAUCGCCCUCGCUUGGAGCAAACCACCAGAGGAUGACACCGACUGUGAGGCUGCAGUCAGAGGCACGGGACAGAGACAGGGUGUACAGCCAAGUGACACAAGCAGCACAGCUGGGCACACACAGAGUGAGGAGACGUCAGGAGAGAGUGACAGAGAGGAGAUGAAACCCACAGGUCAUCCUUGCAGCACAGCAGGACAGUUGACCUUGGAGGAGAGAGCAGCUGAUCAACCAGGGGAGAGAGAACCUGAAUGUGACCUGCAAACACAUGCUUUGGUAGCAGAGACCGUGCAGGAUUUACACGCACAUCUCUUGGUUGACCCUGCUGAGAUGAAGCAGCAUGCUGGUGACUUCUGCUUUGAACUGACCCAUGAGACAGCUAAUGCAGACAGAGAAGUGCUUGGGGAGGAAAUGUGUCCAACUGCAACAGAGUCAGAGCUGUGGGAUCUGAGAGGGCCUGACUCUGCCCAUGCUGAGGCCCUGAAAUAUAAUACAUCAGCCACGGUUGACUGUGGCCCUGCAAAAAGGGAGGCCACACUGAUGGAGAGAGAACGAACAACAGAACCAGUCUCUGCGCUGGAGAGAGAAAGGACAAUGCGCAACCUGGUGGACAUGCAAAGAAAGGUCGAACAGAGGCAGCAGAGAGACAGAGAGAGACAGCUGCUGAGGGUUCAGGAGCGGCUGUCGAUCAUCCAAAACAGGAAGGCAGAGGAAGACUUACUCGGCCUGAAACACACAGACAGGCUGCGGCACCUCACACAAGAUCUACCACAGGAGGAUAAGAAUCAGCAGAAGACAGUUGUUAGAGAGCGGCUGGAGCAGCUGAGAAGAGAGCGCUCAUAUGUCAUGCAGUCCAAACGUGACCGGAAUACUGCAGGAUUUAAGGAACUCCUGGGUCCAGUAGCUCUCCACAGCAGAGACACAGAUGAUGGAGCAGACUGAGAAACUACAGCUGCUUGAAUUUAUGUCUAAUUAAAGCACCAGGACUAUAUCCCCUGGUUCGACACCUGGUGCUUGGUCAGCCUCCCCAGAGAAUGUGAUCUUCUGUCCAUGUCUCAUGCCUUUGUCUACAUGCACCUCCAGAAGCUUGGUCUCCUUACACACCUUAUGACCUUCA